UCGGAACACUUCGACCACUGUAUCACGGACCUACGUCUCGUCUGCAUCUAGACCAUGGGCGCACCGGAAGAACUCGAAUAUCUCAAAUCUCUCGUCAGCCAGCUCAACGAGAAGAUUAAGAGCUUGGAGGCGAAAACAAAGACACCUGCGCCUUCCCCUCUCCAACAGCUAAGGACUAUUCUUAUUGGGCCUCCCGGUGCUGGUAAAGGAACCCAAGCCCCACGGAUACGCGACGAGUAUUGCGUAUGUCAUCUCGCAACGGGUGACAUGCUGAGAGAGCAGGUGGCUCAAAAGACCCCUCUAGGUGUCGAGGCGAAGAAGAUCAUGGACGCAGGAGGUCUUGUCUCGGAUGAAAUCAUGGUCGGUAUAAUUAAAGAACAACUGGAAAACAACAAGGCUUGCAAGAAUGGUUUCGUCCUUGACGGAUUCCCAAGAACAGUUCCUCAAGCGCAGAGAUUGGAUGGCAUGUUGGAGUCACGAAAGGAGAAACUGGACUCUGUCGUGCAACUACUGAUUGACGACCAGCUGCUCAUUUCGAGGAUUACUGGAAGGUUAAUUCAUCCCGCCUCUGGAAGAACGUACCACAAGGAAUUCAACCCUCCUAAAGUCCCCAUGAAGGACGACGUGACCGGAGAAUCACUAAUCCAACGUUCGGACGAUAACGUUGAGGCAUUACGCAAGCGUCUCGGCGUAUACCACUCUCAAACCGGUCCUGUGGCAGAGUACUACAAAAACUGUGGACUCUGGCACGGCAUCGAUGCUGCUCAAAGUCCGAAUUUGGUGUGGGACAGUUUGAAGAAGAUCUAUACCGGUGCCUCUCCCAGUAAUAGCAAGUAAAGCUGCCUAUACAUGACAGAUGUAUUCUUCGACGGAUAUUGCCUCUAUAUACCGUGCUUUAGACAUGCUGG